CGUAGUAAAAGGCUGCCGGAGUUUAAAUUAAUGUCAACCUGCAAGCUUGCCGUGAGAACAAACCCGGCGCCGAGAGUGAAAGUACGUACGCCCGAGUUACAGCCAAACUUGUGAGCCGCACACCCCCGGGGGACGACUGACAUGACUCGGCGGCCGAGGAACAGUGUUUACAGUAGCGAGGAGGACGAAGAGGACGCCGAGACGUACGACCACGAUUACGAAGGCUCGCUGGCGAAACCCGGAAAGCGGCACCUUGGGAAAACACGCUGGACGCGAGAGGAGGAUGAGAAACUGAAGAAACUGGUGGAGCUUCACGGAUCCGACGACUGGAAACUCAUCGCAAAUUUACUACCUAAUCGUACUGAUGUGCAGUGCCAGCACAGGUGGCAGAAGGUUCUCAACCCAGAACUUAUCAAAGGGCCUUGGACCAAAGAGGAAGACCAGCGGGUGAUCGAGCUGGUGCAGAAGUACGGCGCCAAGCGCUGGUCGGUCAUCGCCAAACACCUGAAGGGGCGCAUCGGCAAGCAGUGCCGCGAGCGCUGGCACAACCACCUCAAUCCGGAGGUGAAGAAGACGUCCUGGACCGAGGAGGAGGAUCGGAUCAUCUACCAGGCGCACGAGAAGCUCGGGAACCGAUGGGCCGAGAUUGCUAAGCAGCUACCUGGCAGAACCGACAACGCUAUCAAGAACCACUGGAAUUCCACCAUGCGGCGGAAGGUGGAGCAGGAGGGCUACCUGCAGAGCGCCGCCAAAUGCGCCGGCUCGCCGCUGUCGUUGGGUCACGGCUACGGCAAGCCCGCCGGCCACAUUUUGGCCUUUCCGCACCACUCACCGGCACCCGCGUCGCCGCUACACUAUGCAUCCUAUAUGGCCGACACGCAACGGGUCCCUUUCCCCGUGGCUUUGCACCUGAACAUCCUAAGCAUCCCGCAGCAUGGAACCGCCGCCAUACAGAGACACUAUAGCGAGGAGGACCCCGAGAAGGAGAAGCGAGUGAAAGAGAUCGAACUGCUGCUCAUGUCCACCGAGAACGAAUUGCGAGGCCAGCCGUCGCUACCGAUCAACUCGCCGUAUCCCAGCUGGGCCUCCCACGGCUCGUCCUCGCACACUUCGGACUCGGUGCCGGAUCACCGGGCGGCCGCGCCGUUGGAUCGGAGCUGCCUCCCUGAGGAGAGCGUGUCGGCUUCCAGGGCACACGGCGGCGCCAUGCCGGAAUUCAUGGAGUCGGUCAUUGACUCAUUGCUCAACCAAUCAAUGAGUCCGGAGCACUCAGACAGCGACCGUCUACCAAUGAGCGCACCCGUAGACGGCAAGUCUCCAAAGGAGAACGACAUCUUCCGAAGUCCAAACAUCGGCCGAACCGUCCUGGAAUCAUCUCCGACGUCGUUCAGAUCCUCCUUGGUCCCGCUCAAGCUGCUGCCUUCUCUAGAUCAGCAGAUGGUGGAUUCUAUUAAGCAGGAGCCAAUGGAGUGCCCCAUCGAGCACCCGCCUUUGAAAAAGAUCAAACAAGAGGUGGAGUCACCGUGUGAAAGGAGUCCAUAUAUGCAGUGGGAAGGCCAAGAGCUCUUCUCACCAAACGCUCAUGCCCAGGAAGUACCGGACUUGUUGACAAGCUCGUUGCUAAGCGAAGAUGGACACAAAAUGUACCUGCUCCCGCACAGGACAAAUGACAGUCAACUACUGCCGCUGAACACGUGGGAGCACUGUGGGAAAAUGGAGGAAGGCGUCACGGCGUGCGAGCAGAACCACAUCAAGUACGCCAACGCCUUCCCCGCCAGGACGCUGGUGGCGUAAACGGGGGUGCCGGAGUAUCCCUUUAUGGGGAAAAGCUCCAUCCAAAGAAGAUGGUCGCUUAGGGUUUGUUUGUUUCGGUCCUGUUUUUUCUUCUCAUUUUUGUAAUGUGGGGAUAUUUCAUUAGCAUUGGGGUGUAUUAUUCAUUUCCAAUUCUCAUAUUAAUAUAAAGAACAAGUUGAUUAAUUUAUUUUCUAUGUUUUUGAUGGUGAGAUCUUUUUUAUAAUGUUUCUUUUUUUUUUUUUUAAACUCUUACGCAAUUGGCCAAUGGUGCGAUGGCGUAUUAGGACCAGGCAAAGAAAGAAAAAUGAGAAUAAAGUCUUAAAAAAUCUCGUAUUAUUACGAAAAACGUAAUACAAUAAGAACAGAUUCGGAAUAUUACGGGAUUAAAGUCAUAAUACAAUGUAACUUUACGUAAUCUUUCUCGAUUUGAUGAGGACAGAUUUUAUUUUCUUUGACUUUAUUCUCAAAAUUUUGCGACGAUAAUCUCGUAGCGUUACGACGUAUGACAUAAAUUUCACUACAGUAUGAUUAAAAUCUUGUAACAUGAUAACUUUAUUCUGGUCAUAUAACGACCAAUUGCUUAAAUCUCGGAAAUCUCGGGAUAAAAUAAAUCUCCAUAUCCAAAGCCGAUAUAUAUAUAUUUUAAAAGCGCGUAGAUCAUGAAAGACAUUUUUUUAAUUACAAUGAUUACCACAGUUGCCCACACAGAUGCCGGAUAAAAAUCCUUUUUUGUCGGCUUAUUUUUUACCACUGUAUGGACAAAAGUCCAUACAGUGGUAUGAAAAAGUAUCUGAACCUUUUAGAAUUUCUCACAUUUCUGCAUAAAAUCCCCAUCAAUAAGAGCUGAUCUUUGUCAAAAUCACACAGAUGAAAAAACUGUAUGCUUUAACUAAAACCACCCAAACAUUUAUAGAUUUUCAUAUUUUGAAGAGGAUAUGUAAAAAAUGACAGAAGGGGGAAAAAUAAGUCAGUGAACCAUCACAUUUAAUAUGUUGUGGCUCCCCUUUUGUCAGCAAUAACUUCAACCAGAUGCUUCCUGUAGCUGCAGAUCUGUCUGGCACAUCGAUCAGGACUCAUCUUGGCCCAUUCUUCUCUACAAAACUGCUGUAGUUCAGUCAGAUUCCUAGGAUGUCUGGCAUGAAUCGCUGUCUUUAGGUCAUGCAACAACAUCUCAAAGGGGUUUAAGUCUGGACGUUGACUUGGCCACUCCAGAACGUGUAUUUUGUUCUUCUGAAACUAUUCUGAAGUUUAUUUACUUCUGUGUUUUGGAUCAUUGUCUUGUUGCAGCAUCCAUCCUCUUUUUAGCUUAAACUGUCUGACAGACGUUCUCAGGCUUUCCUGCAAAACUUUUGAAUUUAUUCUUCCAUUAAUGAUUACAAGUUCUCCAGGCCCCGAGGUAGCAAAACAGACCCAAAUCAUGAUGCUCCUUCCACCAUGCUUCACGGUGGGGAUGAGGUGUUGAUGAGCUCCAUUUUUCCUCUAUACAUGACGUUUUGUGUUACUCCCAGACAAUUCAACAUUGGUGUCAUCAGUCCGAAAAAUAUUUUGCCAAAACUUCUGUGGCGUGUCCAAGUGCCUUUUUGCAAACAUUAAACGAGCAACAAUGUUUUUUUAGACAGCAGUGGCUUUUUUCCAUGAACACCAUUCUUGGCCAUAGUUUUACAUACAGUUGAUGUGUCCACAGAGAUAUUGGACCGUGCCAGUGAUUUCUGUAAGUCUUUAGCAGACACUCUAGGGUUCUUUUUUACCUCUCUGAAUAUUCUGCGCUGAACUCUUGGGGGCAUCUUUGGUGGACGGCCAAUCCUUGGGAGAGAAGCAACAGCGCCAAACUGUCUCCAUUUAUGGACAACUUCUCUGACUGUCGAUUGAUGAACAUCCAGACUUUUAGAGAUGGUUUUGUAUCCUUUCCCAGCUUUAUACCGCUUUUUGACCGAGCCAUAAUGCACAUCAGACAACGCUUCUCAUCAAGGCAAUUCUUUCUGGGUGUGGGGUUUAUAGUGGGCAGAGCAGCUAUAAAGCACUCAUCAGUGAUUGGGCACACACCUGACUUAAAAUGUUUGGUAAAAAUUUUGCUCUUCAAGUCUCCUUAGGCAGAGGGUUCACUUACAUAUUUUCCCCCUUCUGUCAUUGUUUGCAUGCUAUCCUCAUUAAAUAUGAAAAACUAUAAAUGUUUGGGUGGUUUUAUUAAAGCAUACCGUUUUUUCAUCUGUGAGAUUUUGACAACGGUCAGAUCUUAUUGAUGGUGAUUUUAUGCAGAAAUGUGAGAAAUUCCAAAAGGUUCAGAUACUUUUUCAUACCACUGUAUAUCGGCCGGCCAAUCUCAUAAUAUUACGACGUAUGACUUAAAGCUCGUAACAUUACGACCGAAUUCUCGAAAUUUUUUUUCUUCCUUUGCUUGGCCCUAAUACUCCGUCAUACGAUGGAGUAUCGUUGGACGAUUUUAGUAUUUAAGUGGCAUCUUGACAAUUGAAAAACUGACCUGUUUGUUGAAUUCUAUUUUCUAAGAAAAGAUUUCAAGUGUCCUACUGAACAAGCUGUAUUAAUGUCAGUCGUGUUUUACGCGUGAAGUAUUAACCGUUUACCACAUUGUCACCUUUUUAAUUCCAUUCAUUUUUUUCCCUUUUUUUGCAUUUAAAGAACAAACAUUUUAUAGCCAAAACAAAAGGAUUUCAGUAUAUUGUGAAAAGUUUCACCCAGUAGGAGUGACAUCAAGAUGCACUUGAAUUUAGCCAUUCAAAGACUACAAAACACUGAUAUUUUUCAUGAAAAUUAACACUGUGCAAGUUUUUUUUUUUUUUUUUAAUGUAUUUGAAUAUUUUUGUUAUGCAUAUUCAAUCGGCGUUUUGCGGUGACCCAUUUCAAACACUGUCUUUUCUUUUUUUUAUUUUUUACACUUUUUAUAACGUUAGCUGUGCAGAAAUCAUUUUAUAUAUAUAAAAAAACAUUUAUACCAGCCAAGUUUUCACAUUUUUAUACUUUUCUAUACUGCCUAGUAAAUAAAG